AUGCUUCCAUCCCAAGUUAACAUGCUUCCAUCCCAAGUUACCAUGCUUCCAUCCCAAGUUACCAUGCUUCUAUCCCAAGUUACUAUGCUUCCAUCCCAAGUUUCCAAGCUUCUAUCCCAAGUUACUAUGCUUCAAUCCCAAGUUACCAAGCUUCUAUCCCAAGUUACCAUGCUUCCAUCCCAAGUUUCCAAGCUUCUAUUCCAAGUUACCAUGCUUCCAUCCCAAGUUACCAUGGUUCCAUCCCAAGUUACCAUGAUUCCAUCCCAAGUUUCCAAGCUUCUAUUCCAAGUUACCAUGCUUCCAUUCCAAGUUACCAAGCUUCUAUCCCAAGUAACCAUGCUUUUAUCCCAAGUUACCAGCCUUUUAUCCCAAGUUACCAUGCUUCCAUCCCAAGUUACCAUGCUUCCAUCCCAACUUAAAUCCCAAUACCAAGGGGUCGGUAUUGGGAGGCUAGAUCUUGAAUCCCAAAACCAAGAGGUCGAUAUUGGGAAGGUAGAUCUUGAAUCCCAAAACCAAGAGGUCGGUAUUGGGAGGGUAGAUCUUGAAUCCCAAAACCAAGAGGUCGGUAUUGGGAAGGUAGAUCUUGAAUUCCAAAACCAAGAGGUCGGUAUUGGGAAGGUAGAUCUUGAAUCCCAAAACCAAGAGGUCGAUAUUGGGAAGGUAGAUCUUGAAUCUCAAUACCACGAGGUCGGUAAUGGUAGGGUAGAUCUUCAAUCCCAAAACCAAGAGAAUGAGUAUGAGAGUAGGGAUGAGGAUGAGAGUAAGGAUGAGGAUGAGAGUAAGGAUAAUAAUGAGAGUAAAGAUGAGAACGAGAGUAGGGAUGAGGAUGAGAGUAAGGAGAAGGAUCAGAGUAAGGAUGAGGAUGAGUGUAAGGAUGUGGAUGAGAGUAAAGAUGAGGAUGAAAGUAAGGAUGUGGAUGAGUGUAAAGAUGAGGAUGAGAGUAAGGAUAUGGAUAAGAAUAAGGAUGAGGGUGAGAGUAAAGAUGAGGAUGAAAGUAAGGAUGUGGAUGAGUGUAAAGAUGUGGAUGAGAGUAAAGAUGAGGAUGAGAGUAAGGAUAUGGAUAAGAAUAAGGAUGAGGAUGAGAGUAAGGAUAUGGAUAAGAAUAAGGAUGAGGAUGAGAGUAAAGAUGAGGAUGAAAGUAAGGAUGUGGAUGAGUGUAAAGAUGUGGAUGAGAGUAAAGAUGAGGAUGAGAGUAAGGAUAUGGAUAAGAAUAAGGAUGAGGAUGAGAGUAAGGAUGAGAAUGAGACGGAUGUGAGUAAGGAUGAGGAUGAGAGUAAGGAUAAUAAUGAGAGUAAUAAUGAGGAUGAGAUUAAAGAUGAGGAUGAGAGUAAUGAUGAGGGUGAGAGUAAGAAUGAUGAUGAGAGUAAGGAUGAUGAUGAGAGUAAAGAUGAGGAUGAGAGUAAGGAUGAAGAUAAGAGUAAGGAUGAGGAUCGGAGUAAGAAUUAG